AUGCAGCCACACAAGCCACAGGUUGACAUUGUGCCAGUGGAGAACCAAGCGGACGUCUACGAGAACACAACACCAUACAAAGGUGAGGCCAGCGACAAGUCGGGUCACGCUGCACAACAGUGUGCUUCACAGUUAAAGCAUGACACGGAGAAGAUCGCGUCGUCGGUUGAGCGAAAUAGGGUACACGUGGACAGCGACGGCAGCACCGAAGAGGAUGAGCUGUCUCCCUAUCUGGAGGUGAAAGUGGACGAUGCACCGUACGCCUGUGUUGAUAGUCUGCCGAUUCUGUGGACCAUGGACGAGGAGACGGUGCUCAUGCACUCCAGUCUUGUUUCACUCGAGCGGAUUCGCACGCGACUGGAAAUGCUGCUUCUCGGCGUCUCUGAAGCAAUCCACAUACACAAGGCGAGUGGCGCCUCGAAGGGCCGCGUCGAGGGGAAGGUGUUGCUGUCGUCGAGUCGUCGCUCCCGUGGCCAGCACUUAAUGGACUUCUCGGGGCAGGUGCUCGCCGCUGACCAUGCUUUUCGGCGCAUUAUUGGCGAGUCCUUCGCCAGCUUCGCGGAGGAGGAGAUUGUGCAGAUGGUGCAGCUUUUCUCGCUGGCAAACAGAGGACCAACUGAGUGUGAAGAGAUGGUGCGCGAUGCUGUGGUCGUGCUUCAAGUCCUGCUGCACGACGGCGAGGCUGUCCGCGACUUGGCGCGCUUCCGUCAGUUCCUCUCGACCCACAGCGCUGAGAUCUCUACUCAGCAGUGGCAGUACGACUUCGUCACUGCGCUGCGGUCUCUGGCUGUCUGCUUCUUGCGCCAUCCCGAGUUCAUCAUGGCGUCCUACGGCCAUUCUGUGAAUCUGGUUGUUCACCACGAGGCGCUCUACGUGGCGCUCCUGCGUGCUUGCGGCGGAAGGCCCGUCGGUAACACCCCGACCUCAGCCAGCACCCUCGACCAAGUUGACCUGGCGGAGGCGAAGACACAGUCGUCACACACUGUGAGUACCACCAGACUUCGUUCCUCACGCGUGAACAUGUCUUUGCAGUCAAAGUACAAGGCCAUGGUUAUCCACUCGCCAAAGGGUCCAAGUGGUACGACGCAGCUGCAGCGGUCCUUUAUCUCGUGCUUGGAUCCGAUCAUGCUGUCCGAUCGCCAACGUGGUGGAGCAUGGUCUGCGCCCUCCAUGCUGUCGAAGCAUGGAGGGGGCACUUUGAAAUCGCGUCGAAGCAGCAUAACGGUCAGUCGCCCCUCCGUCAGCGCUGGGCCGACGAAGAACAUGCCGGCAGCAAGCAAGAAUGGAAACCAUGAGCGGGCGCCUGUGCCCGCCAAGAAGACACGCACGAAGAACAAAAAAAAUGAUUCCUAA